GCUCCCUCCCCCUUCAUGCCCCUCCCCCUCUGUCUGUCUUCAGACUCUGCUGCUGGGAGGUGUUUCUCUCCCAUGCAUGAAUGAGUCUCUGUAAUGAAUGGAAAUGAAUGGAUCAGGAAUCCAGGCGGAGGGAGGGAGAAUGAGGGGGGAAAGACAGAAAGACAGGGUAAGGGCAGAAGGAAGCACUGUGGAACCUGGAAGGAUGUUUGGCUGGCUGCUCAGUUAGGGAUCUCAGAGCAACUGGUCCCACUUGGAUAACUGGGGAGCAUGUUAUGCCCACCUCAUUUGCUCACCACACUGCAUAGCCCAACCUACAUGUGAGAGGGGCAUAUUGUGAUGGUCUUCCCCACCGCCAGGGGGUGGGGUGGUAGGUGUGGUUGUUCUGGACCAUGCAUUUGAAAUAUAGAAUUUAGGGAAGAAAUCUGUAUUAUCUGGGAGGCUUGUAGGCUUGGCAAAUCAAGAGGUACAGUUUUUGAGUACAGCAGCCCCUUCGUGCCUCAAGAAGCAAGUAGGGAGAACGGAUUGGUUUUGGGAAUACAGAAUGCUGAGAGUCUGGGGGUAGGGAGUGACUUUACUGCUGAAAACUAGGGCUCAUCUUUUCCUCCAAAUCUGUCUCUUGCUUUAGCUCCACAGCACCUGUUGCCUUCAUUAGCAGCUUUUCCUCCUCUUCCCUGCACUCCCCAGAACCAAAGAAUGUGAAGGGGGUCCAUGGAGGGCUCACGUCCCCGCGCCCCGAGCGGCCACUUAGCGCCGUCGCCGCCGGCUUUCGACGGCGAGCUGGAUCUGCAGCGAUACUCCAACGGGCCAGCCGUGAGCGCAGGGUCGCCCGGGAUGGGAGCGGUGAGCUGGUCUGAGAGUCGUGCAGGCGAACGGCGCUUCCCCUGCCCUGUAUGCGGGAAGCGCUUCCGCUUCAACUCUAUCCUUGCUUUGCACCUGCGGGCGCACCCAGGCGCCCAGGCCUUCCAGUGCCCUCACUGCGGCCACCGCGCGGCGCAGCGGGCUCUGCUGCGCUCGCACCUGCGCACACACCAGCCCGAGCGCCCACGUAGUCCUGCUGCACGCCUGUUGCUGGAGUUGGAAGAGCGCGCGCUACUACGCGAGGCCCGACUGGGGAGAUCCCGAAGCUCAGGGGGCAUGCAGGCCACCCCUGCCACUGAGGGCUUGGCGCGGCCCCAGGCUCCUUCAUCGUUCGCCUUCCGUUGCCCCUACUGCAAAGGCAAGUUUCGCACCUCGGCGGAGCGCGAACGCCACCUGCACAUCCUGCACAGGCCCUGGAAGUGCGGCUUGUGCAGUUUCGGCUCCAGCCAGGAGGAGGAGCUGCUGCACCACAGCCUGACGGCCCACGGGGCUCCCGAGCGUCCCCUGGCGGCCACCGCUGCUGCGCCUCAGCCUCAGCCUCCACCCCAGCCCGAACCCAGAUCAGUCCCCCAGCCGGAGCCGGAGCCGGAGCCCGAACGUGAGGCAACCCCGACCCCAGCUCCUGCCGCUCCCGAGGAGCCCCCAGCGCCUCCGGAGUUCCGCUGCCAAGUGUGCGGCCAGAGCUUUACACAGUCUUGGUUUCUAAAGGGCCACAUGCGUAAGCACAAGGCCUCCUUCGAUCAUGCGUGUCCGGUGUGCGGCCGCUGCUUCAAGGAGCCCUGGUUCCUUAAGAACCACAUGAAGGUGCACGCCAGCAAGCUGGGCCCACUGCGUGCCCCGGGGCCUGGCUCCGGGCCUGCCCGGGCUCCCCAGCCUCCUGACCUCGGCCUGCUGGCCUAUGAGCCGUUGGGCCCAGCGCUCCUCUUGGCCCCGGCGCCCACCCCGGCCGAGCGCCGUGAGCCCCCGAGCCUCUUGGGCUACCUGAGCCUGCGAGCUGGCGAGGGCCGGCCCAACGGCGAGGGUGCUGAGCCCGGGCCCGGCCGCAGCUUCGGAGGCUUCCGCCCGCUGUCCUCUGCUCUCCCGGCCCGGGCUCGCCGGCACCGUGCGGAGGAGCCUGAGGAAGAAGAGGAGGUGGUGGAGGCCGAGGAGGAAACCUGGGCCCGGGGCAGGUCGCUGGGCCCUCUGGCUUCCCUGCACCCGCGCCCGGGUGAGGGACCGGGACACUCUGCCUCUGCUGCUGGGGCCCAGGCAAGAUCGACCGCCACGCAGGAAGAGAAUGGGCUGUUGGUUGGAGGGACCCGGCCUGAAGGGGGCCGGGGCGCCACCGGCAAGGAUUGUCCCUUCUGCGGAAAAUCUUUCCGCUCAGCACAUCACCUCAAAGUGCAUCUGCGAGUGCACACAGGCGAGCGGCCCUACAAGUGUCCGCACUGCGACUACGCGGGCACCCAGUCCGGCUCGCUCAAGUAUCACCUACAGCGCCACCACCGGGAGCAGAGGAGCGGGGCCGGCCCCGGGCCACCCCCGGAGCCACCGCCUCCUUCCCAGCGGGGUUCCGCCCCGCAAUCUGGAGCCAAGCCGUCUCCGCAGCCUGCGACCUGGGUGGAGGGCGCCUCAAGUCCCCGGCCUCCUUCUAGCGGUGCUGGGCCCGGGUCCCGUCGGAAGCCCGCCAGCCCUGGGAGGACCCUGCGCAACGGGCGAGGCGGUGAGGCCGAACCCCUGGACCUGUCCUUGCGGGCAGGGCCGGGAGGCGAGGCCGGGCCGGGGGGUGCCCUCCACCGCUGCCUCUUCUGCCCUUUCGCCACUGGAGCCCCAGAGCUCAUGGCCUUGCACCUUCAAGUGCACCACAGCCGCCGGGCUAGGGGCCGCCGGCCACCCCAGGCUGACGCUUCCCCGCCCUAUGCCCGAGUACCAUCAGGAGAGACUCCUCCCAGUCCUUCGCAGGAAGGGGAGGAGGGCUCCGGGCUGUCCAGACCCGGAGAGGCAGGGCUGGGGGGGCAAGAACGGUAGUGAGCCCUCAGGGGCGAUUAGCUUAGUGAGCUUACCCCGCCGGAGCGGGGGAGCGCUAGUGGUAGUUGGGUAGAGAAGCCAGCAGGGGGCAGCGUGGGACCCAUAUCCCAGCCCCAGGCGGACCAGAGGUGGAAGGGGCGGCGGGCGUAGGAGGGUGGGCUGGCGGUACCCACCCAGCCCAAGGGAGUCACAGUGCCUUAGAAGUGGCAGAGGUGAGGGUCAAAGAACGGGGUCCCUGGGCUGGCAGAGAGGGUUUGUGUCCCUGUUGAGGAGCCACUCUGCCGGUCUUUGCUGGUCCAUAGGCGUGAGAGUUUAUUUUUGUACAAGGGGUGAGGGUGGGGGGCACUGUACCCUUCUAGCCCCAUCAGGGGCCCUGUAGACGUCGCUAUUUUUGGUACGAUUCCUGUCAUCCCUAUUGCAGAGUCGUGUCCCCAAUAAACAGGUGUCUUGAGGCACAGGGCCCUGUGUCUGUCUGCCUACCUA